CAAUUCGAAACGGGUCCCUCAUCCGCGCUGUACGCUAGUUUCCGAACCAUGUAGAACUUGAUCGCGUUCGAUUGUUUGAAUUGGUGUAUUGAAUAUUGGUUCAAGUUGAAGUUCAGUUGCUCUUGACCCUUGAAUGCUUCACUGUAUCCUCCAUACACAGUCGCCAGCGCACAGCCAGAGGUGCCAGGAUGGGGGGCCGGUGGCGGAUCUCGGCAUCGAAGUGCGUGCUGCUGUUGAUUGCAGCGCGUCACGUGACAGGGAUAUCCUUGCGGAUCGAUGCGGCCGAUAGCGCGCCUUCCACUCCUGGCCUGGAUCCCUCGCAGACUCCCUUGGACCCUCCUGCGAGUAUACAACGCAGGGCUGCUGGCAACAGUUCGAGCGUCCAGGACACUUCGUCUCAUCACGUCGAUCCCGGGCUGAAGCUCAAGGGCAACCUCGUGAUGGUGGUCGCGCUACUGGGUACCCCGUUGGUUCUCUACCUAUUGCGCACGGACAUGCUGAAGCAGCCGAGCCUAGUGGUGAUUUUGGUCGUAAGCGCUUUGUACAUCUUUGCUAGCCUGGCCAUGAACGUCCUGAAUAAGAAGGCUGCGAAGGCGUUCGAGGGGACCUGCCUUCUGGUCAUCAUACAGAUGCUGGUGUCCGUUGUUGUGAUCGUCUGCAUGGAGUUCGACAAGAUGAGACUGGACAAGUGGGCAGACUUCCUGAAGUGGCUGAUCGUGCCGUUCGCCUUCGCCGGGAUGCUCGGCACGUCCAUGUUUGCGUUCAAGGAGGCGAGCCUGACGACCAUCCUGAUCAUGCGGAACAUUCUGCCGAUCCUGACCUUCGGGUUCGAGAAGGCCCUGUUCAACCAGCCCGAGUCCAUGUGCUGGAAGGUGGUCCUGUCGCUGGCGGUGACCCUGGCUGGCAGCGUGCUCUACGGGUUCGUGGACAUCUCCGCCACGAACCUCGGCAAGAUGCUCAUCUUGGUGAACUGCGCAUUCACAAUCGUGGACCGGCUCGUGCAGGCACACCUGGAGAAGGGGAACAAGGACUUCAGUAUCAGCAUCUCCAUGUGCAUGCUCCUAAACAACGGCCUUGGAAUCGUCCCCAUGUUCGCCCUCGCGAUCGCGACGGGCGAGAUCGGUCACUGGGGCCACUCCCUCACGUCUGCAGACAGGAAGAUCUGCACUUGGUUCUUGGUGGUGAUGUCUGGGCUGUGCGGCGCGUCCCUGGGGUACGUGGGGCUCCGCACGCAGCAGCUCGUCUCGGGGACCACCGUGCUUGUGAUGCAGAACUUCAACAAGCUGCUGGUCAUCUCGAUCGGCAUGGGCAUAUUCCACGAGCACCUCACGCCGAUGUCGCUCUUGGGCUGUUUGAUCUCCCUUCUGGGAUGCUUCGUCUAUGGCUACAUGCGCCUUCCUGCCGAGGCCAAGUCAAAGGGCGAGCUGACCGCUGCCGCGAAGCCGAUCAAGGUGUGAGCAGGCUGUCAUGUAGUCAUGAGGCGCAUCUUCAACAUUUUUCGAGUAGGUUCGUUUUGCCUGAGUUCGCGCGUGAGCCAGAGCACAUCCGCUUUUCAGAGAUAUCUGUACUUUGUCUCUUGCGACAAACUUUCGGACGACGACGAGACUGGUGGUUGCUCCGCUUGCCAAUUUCGCACUCCUUAUUGCACGUUCCAGCUUUCGAUUCGGCUUUUGCUGCAGGUUUGGUCUUGCAUUUUUUUUGACAGCAGUUUUGGCGUCAUGAAUGCCUUCAUCUUAGCUCAGUCAAAGGUAGGACAGGCUGAAGCCCAAGUGCGAGCUUUAGCUUCUCCUCGCCUUGAAUCUGAGCUGUAUGUGCAGCUGCAACCUUCGUUUUAGCCUUCGCCUCUAUUUCGCAUCUGAACAUUCGCUCUCGCUACAUAUCGCGCUUUCGUAGUCGUAGUCGAUUCUGGAUGUAGCUUUAUACACGACGCUUCGCGUUCAACGCCCGCCCACUUCAGUUCUCGCGGG